AAUGCGAACUUGCAUAGCCAUCUUGUAGGGGAGGCGAUUUUUUGAGAAAUUCAGACCCCGAUUUUCGGAGGAUAGUGAGUACCCUUGUCUACAACGGUGAAUACCCCUUGUUUCAAAUUGAGAAAUACCUGUAUGGUCGGGAAUUGAAGUCGAAGACGAGAACAAGAAUGAACGAGCUUUGUGGGAAAGUAGAUUUUAUGUAUUUUUAAGUACUGAAGCUAGCUAGCUAAAUGAGAGACACAGUGAACGGGCCCGCCUCAGUCUAAAGUAGCUGCUGCAGCUGCGCAGGUACAUCUGCGACAGCGGCCCUCUGGCAACUACGGAGACGGGAAAUUAUUUUACGUAGCAGGCCGGUUCUGUUAGGCCAACGCUUUGGACUCUGUUUGGACGAAUAAUUUGAACAUCCUAUUGAUCUGGAGGACCGUGUGAUCUACCGUCGAACCUUAUAACGGUAGCCGUAAUGCAACAGGAGGAGAAAGGCAGAAAGAUGACGCAGAAUCUGGCUAACAGAUAGAAACCGUUGCUUUGCUGCUGCUCUCACUAUCGGGAAUAUACAAAAGACGCAAACUUAUUUGUUUGAUUUCCCUUUAGUGGUCGUGAGAGGGGGUGAAAAGUAAGUCUUCAAAAUGUCUAAAAUGCCUGCAAAAAAGAAGAGUUGUUUUCAGAUCACAAGUGUGACACAAGCUCAGGUGGCAGCCAACAGCGUAGCGGACGACACCGAAAGCUUGGAUGACCCAGACGAAUCACGAACCGAGGAUGUGACUUCUGAAAUAUUCGAUGUGUCCCGAACUGAUUUCGAACCUGAGGUAUGUGACCGUAGCUCUUCGGAAGAAACACUGAACAAUGUUGGAGAGACAGACGCUGCGAACACGCAUGCAGCCAGACAGCUACCUUCAACCACGGGGACAUUUAACAGUCCUUCUUUUCGAAAUAUAAAACCGAAUUGUGUCACCAAUGUAAGUCACCAGUCUCCUCUAACAGGUGUGUCGACGGUGCAAAAUUCUGUAUCCACUAGCGGGGUCGUGCACCAGCUAGCGCCUCUCCCCUGUGUUGGGGCGGGUAACGUGUCGGGAAGCACGUCUCAGUUGGCCUCGACUAGCUCGGUGAGUGCCUCUACAACGACUACUACCACCACCACCUGCAGUUCACGUUUUCGGGUCAUUAAAUUAGAUCAUGGUACUGGUGAACCUUUCAGGAGAGGCAGAUGGACUUGUACAGAGUUUUAUGAGAAGGAUUCCGAGGGAUCUGUUAUAAGUAGAAAUGUAGACACAAUACGGCAUAACAGCACAUUGGACCCUGGAACUGAUCGAGACAGUGGUCUUGGAGCCACCGGGGGAUCCAGUGUGGCACCAUCUGGUCUCUCUGGACAAGGUCCUGAUUCCAGUGUGGAAACCGCUCUGUCUGCGGCCUCACAUGUGAUUCAUUCAGAUUUGCAGCAGCAACAAAACUAUGGUGUAGGCCAGCACCAUGUAAUUUCAGGUUCUGUGACUCAUGAGGUGCAGCAGAUGCAGGGCUCUCCACAUCCUGUCCAGCAGCAGAAUCUCCUUAUGACUGGCCUGAAUGGCUCCCAACAGACGAUGCACAUACAGAAAUCGCCUGGCGUGCCUCAUGGCCCACAGGCCCAGCCGGUCAUCUAUCAGACCCAGCCACUGCAGCAGCCAGUCCCACCGCAGCAGCUGCAGUUGGGGCACCAGCUUGCGGCUCAGCCCUCUUUGCUACCUGGAUCUCAGCUUGAGUACAGCCAGCAGCACCUGGCUGUCACUACUGUUCAGUCCAAUUCAACAGCAAACCUCUCCAUAGGACGGGCCAUUAACCAGGGGCCCUCACCAGUGCCCACCCCAGCCAGUGGAGUUCAAGCUUUGGGGACGUCUGGGGAGAUGCCUGGGGUUCUUGGAGGUGUGCCCAUCAGCCAGCCAGCGCCUCAGUCCACAUCUGCACAUCUUCCGCAGCCUACAGGUGGGCCCAUGAUGGCAACAGGCUCUCUUCAACAGCAGCAGCAACCACAAAUAGGACAGUACCUGACUUCGGGGGUGCCUCAUGGGCUCCCCAAUGCCCAGAAUGUGCCUACGGCGCCAACCUCGGUUUCAAUCUCCAGUGCGCCAGCCUCCAGUAUCCCCACUUCUGUGCCUGUGGCUUCCAGCAUGGUGACUCAGAACACAGCCCUCCCCUCUGCCGCCGGGCAGCAGCAGCAGCCUCAGAUGCCCCGCAAUGGCACAGCGGGGGUUAUGGGAACAUCAAAUCACCCCACCGCUAGCUUGGGACAGACGGACGAGAAUAGGAGGAAGUCGGAUGUUAUAUCUCAGUUUCCUGCUGUCUCUGGGAAAGAUCUUCCCAUGAAGCCUUUGAUUCCUGAGAGCCUGCAGCUGGCCCACCCUGCAGUCAACAGCCUGUUCGGAAUACCCAUCCAGAUAGACGGGGAUGAGGAUAGGAACCCAUCCACGGCUUUCUAUCAAGCCUUCCAGCCUGGCGGCAAGCUGCGGAACUGGAAGGCGCUCAGCGAUAGUGCCUCUGGUGCCAGUGUUGUUGCCAUUGACAACAAAAUAGAGCAAGCAAUGGACUUGGUCAAGAGCCAUUUGAUGUAUGCCGUGCGUGAGGAGGUAGAAGUGCUUAAAGAACAGAUCAAGGAGCUGUAUGAGAGGAACUCUGUUCUGGAGCGGGAGAAUGCCGUGCUCAAGUCCCUUGCCAACAGUGACCAGCUCUCCCAGCUGUCCGUCCAGCCGGCCACGGCCACCUCGAACAGCACUCCACCACAGCUGACCGGAGGUCAGGCCCCAGGGACAAAGAUCCUCUCCCAGCCGGCUCAUCCCCUGGAGGUCAGCAAACCCAUCGCCACGCCUCCACUCCAGCCCAACGUCACAUCUGCCUGAAAAAUGCAUCCUUCUCUUCUGUACUGGGGAGAGGAGCUGGACUAAUAUGCUUAAACAGAUACGUCCUUAAGUUAUUGAGAGAAAAAAAGAAAAAAAAAAAGUCUUGUCCCUCCAUCGGCUUGUGAUCAGCAAAUGAGCAGUGCUUCAAUGUUUGUGCUGUCUGCCUUCCCAGUGUUUUAGACAAAGGCGGUCUUGGAUUGGGAUAUGGCUUUCUUGCUAGGCACUGUGUGGACAGGCCUGAGGACGAACACCACGAGGGGGACAGGUGAGCACCUGGCUCUGGACCAGGGGGCGGGCCGGGUCCCCAGAGGGAGUGGCCAAAGAGUAUUGACAGAGCUAUUUUUUUAAAGAGAAUCCAGCCAGGAAUAAAGGGGGUUUAUUUUGUAGCUUUUGCUGUGUCAUGCCAUAAGAAGCAAGAGUCUAUUUUUCAGAGCCACCAUACUUCACACCAUACAUCAGCACAGUUGUCCAGUUAUGUUAUUUAUUGUAGGGCUGCUAAUUUUUUUUUUUUAUUACCAUUUGUAUUUGUUUUAAAGCAAGAACAGUAUCUGCCAUCUGAUUCCGUUCUGUAAGAUGAGGGCCUUUGGAAACUUGAUUGGUUUGAAUUGAUUUGGCAAUUGCAGCAAGGUUCAGUCCUUUACCAGAAGUAUAUUCAAACACUUUGCAGACAAAACAUGGAGGACUAGCUCAAACACUAAAGUCAGUUUAACUUGUGGAUUGUAUCUUUAUAAUGGUCAUGACUCAGUAUGAAUGUACAUUUGUAUAGAGUGUAAAGUAUUAAGUGCAUAGAAAGUUUGUACAGGUUCUUGGGAUGAGAUCUUAACAGAAUCUAAAGUACUUGUUUAUGAAGAAACGUCAGUUCUCUUGGUAGUUUGUUUUAAGUCGAUUGCCAUACUCUCUUCCCUAACCUCAGAGUCUCACGCAUAAGGUUUGGGGGCAAGGGAGAAAAGAAGCUGUGAAAUUGUUCAACCUCCUUUGUAACCAAAGAUGCAAAGCUGUGUCAUCUUUAUUUCUUUUUUUUGUUUGUUUGUUUUGCUCUUAUAAUUUGCUUUCUGUACUAUUGUCAUUACUUUCUCCACCACACUUUCCUCUAUCUUCACCCUUUCCACUCUAUUGUUUCUUUUUUUUUUUUUUUUUUUUUUUUUUGCUGUUUAGCAUGUUCUGCAUGAUUUGUACUUGUCAAACCACUUUCUUACCUCAUAUUUGUAUUCAGCACUCUUAUUGUAAGAUAGUAGUCUGUGAACAUUGUAAAUUUGGGGGAGGACAGAGCGAAUAACUCAUGUCGAUGGAGGAGCGGAAGCUAGUGUUACACUAGUCUCAGACAAUGAAGUGAGCCAUGUUUUGUUCAUUGAAAUGUUUGGAUUACAUAUGCCAAUAGUUUUGUUACAUUGCAAAUUUUAAUGUAUUUAAAUAAAUGCAAUAUUCAGAUCCAA